AAUGGCUUGGAGUUGGGAAAAGGGAGCCAUGGUCAGGAACGUAGAGAGCGAGGGGUGAGGAUUCCUAGGAACAUAUUUCCACAUUGCACCCGGUUAAGGAUGGCAGAAAUUCCCUCUCUGUCAGAUCCUCCAGUGUCGCAAGAACCGAGUGGCGACUUUAAGAAGCCAGCCCUGCCGGCGACCCCGGCAGUGCGGAGUAAGGCUCCGACCGCCAGUCCCGCAAACCCCGAAGAGGUAAAAAGGGAAUGGCCCACGGAGCUGCGGGACCCCGACCCCGACUCCGGAGAGCCCGACGUCCCGCCUCUUCGGCGGGACAGCGGGGAGAAUAGGAGUGUUCAGGACGAGCAGCUGCGUCCCCCCACCGCGGUUUCUUCCCCUGGCGGCCCGGCUCGAGCGCCCCAGUACCGAGAGCCGCCGUGGGGUGGCCCAGCUACGGCCCCCUAUAGUCUAGAAACGCUGAAGGGCGGCACCAUCCUGGGCACCCGUAGCUUAAAAGGGACGAGUUGCUACCUUUUUGGUAGACUGUCUAGCUGCGACAUGUGCCUGGAGCACCCUUCGGUGUCUCGGUACCACGCGGUGCUCCAACACAGGGCUUCCGACCCGGACGGAGAAUGCGACGGCCACGGCCUAGGCUUCUACCUCUACGAUCUGGGAAGUACCCAUGGCACAUUCCUCAACAAAACUCGAAUCCCUCCCCGCACCUAUUGUCGAGUCCACGUCGGACACGUUUUCCGCUUUGGUGGUAGCACCCGGCUCUUUAUCCUGCAGGGACCAGAAGAAGACCGAGAGGCAGAAUCUGAGUUAACAGUAACACAGUUGAAGGAACUACGCAAGCAGCAACAAAUGUUGUUGGAGAAGAAGAUGCUAGGAGAAGAUUCUGAUGAAGAGGAGGAACUGGAUAACACAGAAAGGAAAAGGAAUGCUAGUGGCCAAGAUGAUGAAAUGGGUUGUACCUGGGGAAUGGGAGAAGAUGCUGUAGAGGAUGAGGCAGAUGAGAAUCCCAUUGUCUUAGAGUUUCAGCAGGAAAGGGAAGCCUUUUAUAUAAAGGAUCCAAAAAAGGCUCUCCAAGGUUUCUUUGACCGAGAAGGAGAAGAAUUAGAAUAUGAAUUUGAUGAACAGGGACAUAGCACUUGGCUCUGCAGGGUGAGAUUACCUGUGGAUGAUUCAACUGGGAAACAACUGGUGGCUGAGGCCAUUCACUCAGGAAAGAAAAAAGAAGCAAUGAUUCAGUGCUCACUGGAAGCUUGCAGGAUCCUUGAUACUUUGGGAUUGCUGCGACAGGAAGCAGUGUCUCGGAAAAGGAAAGCCAAGAACUGGGAAGAUGAAGAUUUUUAUGAUAGUGAUGAUGAUACAUUCCUUGAUCGCACUGGCCUGGUGGAGAAGAAGCGUCUUAACCGAAUGAAGAAGGCUGGGAAGAUUGAUGAGAAGCCAGAGACCUUUGAAUCACUGGUUGCAAAGUUAAAUGAUGCUGAAAGGGAACUCUCUGAAAUUUCUGAGAGGCUCAAGUCCUCAAGCAAAGCUCUGUCAGAAUCCCCAUCUCAGGAUUCUUUAGAUGCAUUCAUGUCAGAAAUGAAAUCAGGGAGCGCAUUAGAUGGUGUAUCCAGAAAGAAACUUCAUCUAAGAACUUUUGAACUGAGGAAAGAACAACAGAGGCUUAAAGGGUUAAUAAAAAUUGUAAAGCCAGCAGAGAUUCCAGAGCUAAAAAAGACUGAAAGUCAGACUACAGAUAUAGAAAACAAAGCUAAGAAACUUACAUUGCCUCUCUUUGGUGCCAUGAAAGGAGGAAGCAAAUUCAAGUUAAAAACUGGAACAGUAGGGAAGUUGCCCCCCAAGCGUCCAGAACUUCCUCCAGCUCUAAUGAGAAUGAAGGAUGAGCCUGAAGUAGAAGAGGAGGAAGAAGAAGAGGAUGAAGAAGAAGAAAAAGAAAAGGAGGAGCAUGAAGAGAAAAUGGAGGAUGGAAGCAGCAGGCUGCCACAGGGGCUAGAGCCAGAAACAGUAGUGCAGGAAAUGAGUGCUCCCAUAGAUCUCACACGUUCUGGAGAAACAAAAAGCCAUGAAAACAUGUCUCAAGUCAGCCACAUGGAACAGAAUAAAGAGUAUCAAGAGAUUAAUGAAACAUCUUCAUCAUGCAAAGAACCAUCAGCACCAGAGAAUGAAUAUGAGAAAAGCAGAGAUGAAUUAAAGAAAAAGAAAGCUCUUGGUCCAGGCAAGUUUCCCCCCACACUUUCUUCCAAAUAUCCUGAAGAUGACCCAGACUACUGUGUGUGGGUCCCACCUGAAGGCCAAAGUGGAGAUGGCAGAACCCAUCUUAAUGACAAGUACGGCUAUUAAUUACUUCAGAGUUCCAGAAGAAGACCUUGUGGACCAUGUGAAAUAGAAUAUUUGGAAUAAUAUAUGAAGUUGAAUGACCAGAGAAGUUCAGAUGAUCAUAUGUAAAAUCUGGUGACCCACCUUUUCUUCCAUG